AUGAAAUUGGUAUUAAACAUUGUGAACCAGAUUAGAGCUCAAGCGUUCCAAAGAAAGUUGUUCAAUACCUUGGCCGAUGAAAUUGACUGUCAAUACGGGGAACUACUUCUUCACUCUGAAGUCCGAUGGUUAAGUAGAGGACGAGUGCUGAAACCUUUUAAUGAUAUCAUAUCUAUCAUAGAUCAAUUUUUCAAACAACGAGAUGAACCGAUUCCGGAACUGGAAAGUUCAAUCUGGCUUAGAUAUUUUGAUUUUCCUGUGGAUAUUACAGAAAAAUUAACUGAACUUAAUUUGCAGCUUCAGGGGAUAGAUAAAUAA